UUUUGGAUCCCAUGGCCGUAACUAAAGUGAAUUCGAAAUGGGUAUUUAUAGAAAAGAAUUUCAAUGUAUACAUUUCUGCGUCAAAACUGAACAAGGACUUCUUUCGUAUUGUGAAGAAAAUCAAGACUUUGAAAUUGGUAAACGGCACACCACAUGUUGCUGAACCUCAAUUCAAGAUGGAUAUGAUGGGACUUUUGGUUUUCUACAAGACUUUGACCAUAACGAAUAUGACAGAAACAUCCAUAUACAGUUGGGAAUUCUUAGUCGCGAACAUAGGUGGCAACUUAGGUCUAUUCUUAGGUUUGUCUUUAAUAACAUUUGUCGAAAUCAUCGAGUUUAUUGUUGAUGUUUUAGCAAAAUAUUUGUACAGUGUUUAUAAGAAAUACAGAUGUUGAAACAGCAAAUUUUAAGAAGAAAAGAUCCUACUAAAGUAACUGUUUCUUACUGAAAAAUAUCUGUGAUGAAUCAAAACUUCCUCAAAACUGAAACAAUCUAUUCAGGAUUCUGAACAGAUUUAUAUAACAGAUUUUAACUGUGUAUUAUAUAUUACAGAACUUUGCUGAUGAAAUUGAAUUGGAGACGAAACACUAUGUACAAAAAAUGAACAGUAGUAUGAACAAGUGUAAAGCAAAGAUGUAAAUAAUUUCAUAUUGUAAUACACUGCUUGAAAUAAACUAGUUUUUUAUUCACUGUAA